AUGCUCGCACACUCGUUGAAGAAGCACGCGCCGGGCUACCCCAUGCUGGCGAUUGCGAUUGAGGGCAUGCAAAAGCAGCACCAGGAAUUGCUAGAGAAGGCCGGCUGGCAGCUAGUAUUCGUCCAGAAUUGGGAAGACGAGUAUUGUGCAGACGAUUGCAAUCAGGAGUUCAUGAGACGUUGGCAUGACAGCUUCGAAAAAAUCAACGUCUUCAGGCUUGGCGUUGGCAAGGUGCUCUUCUUUGAUGCUGACACCUACGUGUUCAACGGCCGGGUAAACGAACUGCUGAAUUCGACAGCGUUAGAUCCAGGCCAAAUCGCCAUGGCUCCCGAUGGAUGCAAGAGUGAGUACAAUAGUGGCGUGAUGCUGUUCCGCCCCGAUCUAGCGGUCUUCCGCCAGAUGCUCGAGCUCGUCGUGAACCGCAGUCGUGAGGAGGUGCUGGACCAGAACAUCAUCAACGCCGCGUACGCUGGCAAGAUCAAGGAACUGGACCGGGAAUUCAAUUGCGUGGACAUUAUGGGUGUUCAGCCUGGAGUGCAGCGCCACCACGCGUGCCAGAAGAAGUGCAGCGCCAACGUUGUCGUGUCCCACUUCACGGGGCACCCCAAGCCGACCGCCGCCAAGAGGCGACUGUUGGCCUCGGUGCGCCGGCCAGAAUCGCCGAAGACCACCUGCAAGAACACGAACUUCGGAUCGUGCAGCAAGUGGUCCGACUACUACUGUGACCUCCAGGCGCACAGAAAGACCCUGUCCAAGAACCUGCAGGGCUGGCUCCGGCAAACGGGCGGGUGCUGCCACACCCCCUACAGCCCGCAGACCGACGACGAGUCGUGCCAGGACUGCCCAGCCCAGCUGCGGGUUGCCGGCGAGGCUCCGUUCCCGUACGCCGCGACGGGGUCGUUCAUGAGGAGCAACAUCGAGCCCACCAGCUACAACGGCGGCAAGCCCAUCUACAUCAGGGCGAUGCAGAGCCCCUCGGAUACAUCCACAUACCUCUACUACGUUCAGAAGCAGGUCUUGUGGAUGGUGGGCCCGAACUACACGAGCAACCAGCCGCACGCCUUCGCACUGGUUGACGCAGGGUGCCCCAGGGACGUGGGAAGGUGGCACGCCUACAUGAACAAUACGUGGACGCAGGUGAGCGGCGUGAGCGUGGUAUCCGAAGAUUCGGCCGACGGUCAGCAAACACACAUGCUGUGGGACCCAAAGCUUCGCAAGUGGGUGAUGGACCACGGCGUGAAUUUCACUCACGACGAGGAUUUCGAGGGGCACGGUCACGGCGUGAGGCCUGGAGUGCUGCCCGAGCGGAGGGAGAUCACCGCUGCUGCGCGCGAGUGCUGCUACAGUCAAGGCGGGAAGAAGAGGACGUGCUUCGAUGAGGAAGAGGAGGGCACGGAGGACGAGGACGAGGACGAGUACGAGGCCCUGUCCAUGAUGGAGGGCCCCCUGUCCGCGGCCGUGCGGGGCAAGGGCCUGGCGUACGGAGCCUCCGUGGGUUUCGACUCCGCCGGCAACUCCGUGACGCUGGACCUCUGGGAGUGCACGAACGUGCGGAAGGCCUUGGAGGCCGCCCUGGACGUCGUGCGCACGGCCGCGGAGGACGACGGCGCGCUCUCCCCCUUCAACCUCGACAACGCCCGCGGCUCCCUGGUGCAGCCGCCGGGGUUGCGGGCUGUGGGGCACACUGAUGGCACGUAUCGAGCCGAGGCCGGCCUCCAGGAGGCGAACGCCCAAAAGCCGGGCGCGAGCGGCAGCCCCGGCUCGGAGCCGGCUGGGGGGCCGAGGUGGGGCAUCGCGGGUGCCAGCCUGAAGUCGGGCGCGUCCCCCUACAGUCAGGUGGUGGACCCUGUCAAGGCUUUCUCAGUGGUGAUGGGGAUCCGGGAUAGGCUCGUGCCCCUCGAGCUGCUGGAUGAGCUCCGCGCCAAAGUGUCGGGCCGCGUCCGCGAGGUGGAGGGCGAGCUGAGCGCGCGCGGCGUGCGGCUCGGCGUCGGCAGCGCCGCCGGCUUCCACGAGGUGUGCCUCCGCUCCCCUGGGCGGCUGGACGUCCCGUGCGGCAGCGGCGUGGUUCCCGACAGGGUGCUCGACGCCGUCCAGGACGUCGCCCGGCGAGCGCUGGACCGAGGCGACGGCGUCCGGAGCACCUGCGUGAACGUCUGCCUCGUCCGCGGCGAACCAGGGUGCCCGCCGCAGAUCUGGCACUCCGACUCCACGCACCUGUCGCGGGAGCACGAGCCGCCGUCGGUGUUGAACGCCAUCCUGGCGCUCUCCGACGUCGGCCCUGACGACGGGCCUACCGAGGUGCUGCCCGGGUCCCACAGGCCGGGAAUGCCCCAGCUAUGA